UACGCCCUUCUGGGAAUGGGUCACCACUUCAAGCAUGACAUUUUUGGACGGCCGAUUACUAUUCUGUGGACACAUAAUGAAAAGAAAGUGGUGGAGUUUAACAACAAGGAGGAACAUGUGUACAGCCCUUAUGAAGACAGGAUCACUCUCAACUGGGAAACAGCAGAACUUGAAAUCACCGGUCUCAGAUUUGAGGACAGCGGAGACUAUGAACUAGAAGUGAACAUAAACCACAGUUUAUACUCUUCACAUUAUAAACUGGAGGUCAUAGAUAAGGUUACCUCACCGACCAUAUCCUGUGAGAUGAAUGAAGGCAGCAGCUCAGACUUAUCCAAAACCAAUGCGACGCUGCUGUGCUCUGCAGAGACCCGAACAUCUGAGUCCUUGAUGAAGUUUGAGUGGAUGUCAAAGGGAAAAACAUUGCACCUGGGACCAAAGUUAACAAUAUCUCUGGGAGAUAAACUUGAUGAAGUAGAAUACAAUUGUUCAGUGAGCAACCCUCUGAGCAGUGAGACAGCUACAUUCACAGCAAGAGAAUGCCAUGGCAAAAGUUCAUCUGCAGUUCUGGCAGCCUGCCUAAGCAUACUUUUUCUUCUCCUACUUGGCACAGUGGCGGGCAUAGUGUUCUGCAAACUGAGACAAAAAGCGUGUUUUGCAAAAAAACACUCAAAUCAUUUGGAAAAACCGUCACAAACUGAAAAGUCAGAUGAGAAGACAGCUCCAACAGAAGAAAAUAGACGUCUUCUUCAGAGAGAGGAAACACUUCCAUCUCAUCAACGUUUGGUCCAAGAUCAUAACAUGAGCCCUGAUCCCCCUGAUAUCAGCCGGAAAGAAAACAAUGACUCAGGCGUGGAUACAGGCGAGGUGGAUUUCAAAAAGAAUCGAGAGAUGUUUGAAAAAAUGUCAAAACGAGGACGGACUACUCAACCCAAAGGCCAAGCAAAUCGCCAUGUGCACAACAAACAUGAUCAAGAUGCAAACCAGCUCCAAGAACCUGCAGACGUCAAACUGCCUGAGUACUCAGACACUGAGAAGGCAAACAACCAAGACCGAGCCAGUACACCCGGAGAAUCUGGUGAGGAGGCACAGUCUGAUCAGAGACCUGAAGAGACCCAACAGUCUGAUCAUUCAGAAUCUGAGAGUAACAAUGAAUCAGAUCCAGCUGGUGAUCCAGGCCAAUCACCAGAAGGUUUAGAAAGUUGUCAUGUUCUCAACAAAGGUGAUCAAAAUGCAGUCCAGCCCAAAGAACCUGCAAACAUCCCACCGCCUGACUCCUCUAACACUGUGGAGGCGUACAACCCAGACCGUGUCAGUCCACCCAAAGAAUCUCAUAAGGAGGCAGAGCCUGGUCUGAAACCUGAAGAGGCCUCACAGUCUGACCAUUCAGGCUUAUAAAGUAAGCCUCACCUACACCACUGCUCAGCCAGGGUACCCAACUGACCAAGAGGUAUCCUAAUGUGACCCCCAAGAAAGCUACUAGUGAACAAAGGAUUGGAAAAACUCAAAACACUGUUGAAGGAUCUGAUUCAUCAGAUACACAGCAGAAAGAAGAUGAGUCAGACAAAUCCACCAAUGAGCAUUCUUGAUCAGAGAUAAUCAGACACAACACCAGCCAAGCAAGAUUCCACCUCAUCACAGGUACCACCUCACAGAAAAACCAGAUUCUCCAGCUGAGAAGAAAACAGAUUGUAUCACUGAUUGUGAAAAAGAUAACAAACCAUGUUUAGCAAACUCCCAGCUGCCUUUGAGUGUCACUCCAAAAAAAGAAGCAGCAUCACUGAUACCUCAAAAUCCCCAGACACUUCACAUGCAGAUUCAGAGAGGGUCAAAGAGGGCCAAAUAUGAGUGAAGGGCCAUCAUACAGCCAAACCACAUGUGACGUUGGGAGAAAAUGGUGGAAGUAGGUUGCCGUGACAAGGAACUUAAAAAAAUUACAGUUGCAUUCACAGAAGACUUUAUAGUGUCAUAGAUUAUUGUGAAUUUACAGAAUCAAAAAGCUUCAUUGAAGGAUCUUGUGUGGAGUGUUCGUUGAUUGUCAGAUAUUUGUCAUUUCAUUUUGUACUCUCAUUAAUGCUUAUAGA